AAAAAAAAAAGCAGUUUUCGAGUUUCUGAAGAGAGAACCCCCAGGGAAAGAGAGUGGCGACCUCAGAUUUAUAGGAAAUGCACAGACACGAUAUGGUUAUCCCUGUUCUUUCUCUUUUGGACUGGUUUGAUGUUCAUCAUGGGCUACUCGGUGGCGGCGGGAGCCACGGGAAGACUCCUCUUCGGCUACGACAGCUUUGGCAACGUGUGUGGCAAGAAGAACUCCCCAGUAGAAGGAGCCCCUCUCUCAGGGCAGGACAUGACCCUAAAAAAAUACGUGUUCUUUUUGAAUUCCUGCAACCUGGAAGCCAACGAAGGGAGGCUCAGUUCCACUGUCCUCUGCGUAUCCAGCUGUCCUGAAAAGCAGCUUGAUACCCUGGAGGAGGUUCAGCUCUUUGCAAACAGCAGUGGGUCCUUCCUGUGUGUUUAUAGCUUGAAUUCCUUCAACUACACCCAGAAGCCAAAUGCAGACUCAUUGUGCCCCAGGCUACCAGUUCCUCCAAGCAAGUCUUUUCCCUUGUUUAACCGAUGCGUCCCUCAAACGCCUGAGUGCUACUCCCUGUUUGCAUCUGUUUUGAUAAAUGAUGUCGACGCCCUUCAUCGAAUUCUAAGUGGAAUAAUGUCAGGAAGAGACACAAUCCUUGGCCUGUGCAUCCUCGCAUUAGCCUUGUCUCUGGCCAUGAUGUUCACCUUCCGAUUCAUCACCACCCUUCUGGUUCACAUUUUAAUUUCGUUGGUUAUUGUAGGAUUGUUGUUUGUCUGCAGUGUCUUAUGGUGGCUGUAUUACGACUAUACCUAUGACCUCAGCAUAGAAUUGGACACAGAGAGGGAAAAUAUGAAGUGUUUGCUGGGGUUUGCCAUUGUAUCUACAGUCAUCACGGCAGUUCUGCUCGUGUUGAUUUUUGUCCUCAGAAAGAGAAUAAAAUUGACAGUUGAACUUUUCCAAGUCAUAAAUAAAGCCAUCAGCAGCUCUCCCUUCCUGCUGUUCCAGCCACUGUGGACAUUUGCCAUCCUCAUUUUCUUCUGGGUCCUCUGGGUAGCUGUGCUCCUGAGCCUGGGAACUGCAGGAGCUGCCCAGGUUAUCAAAGGCGGCCAAGUGGAGUAUAAGCCUCUUUCCGGCAUUAGGUAUAUGUGGUGGUACCAUUUAAUUGGCCUCAUUUGGACCAGCGAAUUCAUCCUGGCCUGCCAGCAGAUGACUAUAGCUGGGGCUGUGGUUACUUGUUAUUUCAACAGAAAUAAAAAGGACCCUCCUGAUCGGCCAAUCCUUUCAUCUCUCUCCAUACUUUUCUGCUACCAUCAAGGAACAGUUGUAAAAGGGUCACUUGUAAUCACCUUGGUGAGGAUUCCAAGAACCAUUCUCCUGUACAUUUAUAACACUCUGAAAGAAAAGCAGCGCAGUGCAUGGUCGAGGUGCGCGUUCAAAUGUUGCUUCUGCUGUUUCUGGUGUCUUGACAAAUGCCUGUGCCAUCUCAACCAGAAUGUGUAUACUACAACUGCCAUUAAUGGGACAGAUUUUUGUACAUCAGCAAAAGAUGCACUCAAACUCUUAUCCAAGAAUUCAAGUCAUUUUACGUCUGUUAACUGCUUUGGAGACUUCAUAAUUUUUCUGGGAAAGGUGUUAGUGGUGUGUUUCACUGUUUUUGGAGGACUGAUGGCAUUUAACUACAACCGUGCACUCCAGGUGUGGGCAAUCCCUCUGCUAUUGGUUGCUUUUUUUGCCUACUUAGUAGCCCAUAGUUUUUUAUCUGUAUUUGAAACUGUGUUGGAUGCACUUUUCCUGUGUUUUACUGUUGAUCUGGAAACAAAUGAUGGAUCAUCAGAAAAGCCUUACUUUAUGGACCAAGAGUUUUUGAGCUUUGUAACAAGGAUCAACAAAUUAAAUGACGCAAGGGCACAGAGAGACCAGAACUCCUUAAGGAACGAGGAGGGAACAGAACUCCGGCCCAUUGUGAGAUAGGUGCCCGUUAGGUAUUGGUAGCUGGACAAAGUUUCCUUCUUCUAAGAGCCAUUUAUAGAAUAAAUGAUAAGGCC